CCUUCCGCUCCCUCACCGUCUUCCUUCCCGCACUCCCCCCCAAAGGACAUGCCCACUGAUUGCGCCGCAGAACUUCCUCUCGCCUUCGAGAGGAUUUCUCUCGCAAAUUUUUACUAUUACGACAUAAUUCAAUAAUCAUGGCCACCCCGGCUCCCUCGGCAGCUCCGUUGGCUCCCGCACUGGCCGCCAAGCCUGCGAUCUCACCGUCUCCCGGUCCGGGCACACCCGGAUCGAUCACCUCCAAGGAAUGGGUCAUUCCACCACGCCCUAAGCCCGGUCGCAAGCCAGCGACCGAUACGCCUCCCACCAAACGCAAAGCCCAGAAUCGAGCGGCCCAGAGAGCUUUCCGGGAACGACGAGCCGCCCGCGUCAACGAGCUCGAGGAUCAGAUUAAGCAGAUCGAAGACGAGCAUGAUAUCCACGUAGCCGCCUUCAAGGAGCAGAUCUCCAAUCUGUCCCACGAAGUCGAGCAAUGCCGUAACGAGAUGUCCUGGUGGCGGGACCGCUGUCACGCUCUCGAGAAGGAGGUCUCCGUCGAACGAAGCGCCAAGGAAACCCUGGUCAAGGAAUUCCGGUCCUCCAUCUCCGAGAACAGUGCCUCCGGGGAUAAAGCUCGAUCCUCCGCCGAUCGGGAGGCUCGAGGAAGGGCGCAAUCGAGUAAUGCCGGCAGCCAUGCCCAUGAGGAACGAGAGGAGGUGCCCCUGGGGUGCAGCAACUGCUCGUCAACCCACUGCCAGUGCAUUGAGGACGCAUUUACCAUGCCUGGCAUCGAAACUCGCGAUUCGAAGCGUCCGAGCACAUCCGGGGCCGUUCGACCGGAGCCUCAGAUCAAGCCGGACCCCGAGGAAAUGGAGAUUGAUUUUACAACGCGGUUUGCGGCGCCCCAAGCCCAGGAAGACACGUCGACGGCGGUUUCGUCGCCCGCGGUCGAUCCCUGCGGAUUCUGCCAGGACGGAACCCCGUGCAUCUGUGCCGAGAUGGCGGCGCAGGAGGAGCAGCGUGAGCAACAGAGCUCGUUCGAGAACAACCGACUCGCCCCGAUCCAGAAUUUGUCUCAGUUUACGCCACCCCCGUCCGACGGCGACGUUCGUUCGGAGGUGACCCUGCCUUCCAUCAGCCAGGCGACCAAUCCGUGUGCGAACGGCCCGGGUACCUGCGCCCAGUGCAUGUCCGAUCCGCGAAGCACUCUUUUUUGCAAGACGCUGGCGGCAUCCCGCUCCGCCAGCGUUGCCUCCUCCGGCUGCUGCGGCGGUAAGGGCGCCGACGGUGGAUGCUGUCAGUCGCGGAACUCGAAUCCACCUCCCCGGAGCGGAUCGACGGUCAACGCCAACUCCGCUUCGUCCAAGACCCCGUCCUUGACCCUUUCCUGCGCCGACGCUUUCACGACGCUGUCGCGGCACCCCAACUUCUCUCGGGCCAGCGAUGAAAUCUCUGCUUGGCUCCCCAAACUUCACACGCUGCCGAACCCGAAAGACGUCGCCCCGGCGGAGAACUCGCGAGCCGCGAUGGAAGUCGAGGCAGCCAGCGUGAUGGGCGUCUUGCGAUACUUCGACCGGAGAUUUGCCGACAAAUAAUCACCUACGUGACCUGUUUCCUUUUCGCUUUUUGUUGUUUUUCUUUACGAUGAUACCCAAACUUGACUCACAAAUGUCUGAGUUUGUAUUAUACAUUUCCUUUGGUCAACUGACGAAAGGAGAGACGCGGUUUUGAUUUUAAUUAUCUAUUCUCUCAUUUUCCUUCGGGAACAAGACGUCGGAAUCCGCCGAAUGCUGCCCAGAACAGGAGGGGAAAAAAGUUCUUUUCUCUCCCUGGCAGAUGAUUCAAAGAAUAGUUUCGAGAGUGGAAUGAACCUCGAUCCUUUCCGACCA